AAUUAACAAUAAUUAACAAUAAACCAUCAUUCGCACGAUGAACGCACUUCGGUUUACUUCAAGUGGCAAAAGUGUGGCACUUGCCACAAUCCCCGUCCCUGAAAUAACCCACCCGAGAGAGGUUUUGGUCAAAGUGGCCUUCUCGGGGGUUUGUGGCACAGACUUGCACAUAAUUGGCGGGGAGUUUCCGUGCAGCCCCCAUGUAACCCUCGGCCAUGAAUUCUCAGGCACCGUGGUGGCGUUCGGCCCCCAGGUGACCACACUAGCCCCCGGAGACCUUGUAGUGGUUGAUCCGAACAGUGGUUGCCACAAAUGCCACUUUUGCUGCUCCGGCAAGCCCCAUUUUUGCCCAACUGGGGGUUUUUACGCCAACCUGGGGGUGAAAAACGACGGUGGUUGGGCCGAUUAUUGUCUCUGUUCCGUGGAACAAGUGCAUAAGCUGUCCAAAAUCGCCCUUAAAACAGCAGCUUUGGUGGAGCCCGUGUCGUGUGUGGCGCACGGGUGGGACUUGGUUUCGCCCCUUUGUGUCGGGGGGGAGGUCAUAGUCGUGGGGGCUGGGAUUAUAGGGAUUUUGUGGACGUGUUUGCUACACUUGCAGGGCCACAGAAACAUAACUCUGGUUGAAAAAAACCCAGCUAGAAGACAAUUAUUGAAUAAGUUGCGAGAAGAGUUGGGGUUCAAGCUCGUGGGGGCGUUGGAAAUGGACGAAAAGUUCGACCUGAUUGUUGAUUGUACAGGUCAUGGCCCUGCGAUUGAAUCCGGAGUCAAACUUUUGAAUUUCGGCGGGAAAAUGUGUAUUUUUGGGGUGGCGCCACCUAGUCAAAAGAUUGAAAUCUCCCCGUUUGAUAUUUACUUGAAAGAAUUGACAAUAAUGAGUGUGAAAGUCAAUCCGUUUUCGUUCCCCAAGGCUAUAGCUUUAGUCGAGGCGUUAUCCGAGCGAUACUUGGAUUAUGACAAACUGGGAGUGAAGCUUUUUAAACUGGAGGAAUACCAAAAAGCUAUCGAUUGUUUGAAAAAUGGGGAAAUAACUAAAGCUGUUUUUCAAAUUUAAGGAGGCAAUAAAAUUCUAUCUGAAACAAA